CACCMCCCCCCCAGCUCAGACGCCCCGCCGCUUGCGUCACUUCCGUCCAGACCGGAACCCAAGAUGGCUGUGCUCUUGUUGAGACAUGUUGGCCGUCAUUGCCUCCGAGCUCACCUAAGUCCUCAGCUCUAUGUCAGAAAUGCUAUUCCGAUGGGAACCACAGCCAAAGAAGAGAUGGAGCGGUUCUGGAAUAAGAACACAAGUUCAAACCGUCCUGUAUCUCCCCAUAUUACUAUCUACAGCUGGUCUCUUCCUAUGGCAAUGUCCAUUUGCCACCGUGGUACUGGUGUGGCCUUAAGUGGAGAUGUGGGACCUAGGAAAAGGCCUGAAGAUUACCCAACUCUACCAGUCUGGAGUGGUCGUCUUAGUUCUUACUGUAUUGUCCUCUCUGGGGCUGGCAGCCAUGUGAAGAACUGAAGAUCCCAGCAUCAUCUUCCUACAAAUUAUUACAUUGAUUUACUUUCCUGUUUGUCAGUCACUCUUAUCUCCARUGAACAAAGUUCUCCUAAUAUGUUUAAACCCUUUUGUGCUUGCAGAUCCCUUUGGAACUCAGAAGAGUAGCUUGUAGAACCACAAUAGUAAAAAAAGGUCCAGUUUUCCCCUUGUUUCUAAUGAUGGAGUGGCUGCAAAAACUCCCUUUUCCUGCCCACAGCUCACAGCCUACUCUGAGCCAAGGAGCCCUUAUUCUCUUUCCAUGUUGGACUUUGAUUUGUGCUGAGGGUCAGCGUUUGGCUCCUUCUUCCCAAGACAGUGGAAACAAUGCCAGCUCUGUAGCCUCUGCCCUGGGAACUGGGGGUGARGCUUUGGGUGCCACUGCCUGUGGGUUGCUGGCUUAAAGGACAGUUCUGUUCAUUGGUCAGAGCCCAGGCCUUUAGCACCCACACAGUGUGACUGAAAGGAGAUAGGUAGGAGUAGGGAAUUAUCCAGGCCCAGCUACAUGGAGAUAAAGAGGGUGAGUUGGUGCUUGGAGUAGAUAUUUCGGGAAGAAGAUAUAUAGCAAGAGGAAGAUCAAGAAAAUUAUCAUCAACUGCAAUGAAGGUUUUUGUUUUGUUUUGUUUUUGCAUUUCUGGAAAAGCAAACCUUUUAAUGUCAUGUUUUCUAAUCCAAGUUCAUGUAUUAUCUUUUUCUGAAACUGAAUUAAAACUCAUUUUAUCUCUGA